UAAACUGUUUUAAGCAAUCUUUGAUGUAUGAAGCGGUUCAAAUCCGUAGAGAAUCGAUAAGGGAUAGCAUCGAAAUCAGGAGAUUGAGCAUUUUGCAAAGUAUGGAACGCUUUGGCACUCAUUUUUAUUUUCUUAUUUAUUUUUCUUAUUUAUCAAAUAUAUUCCGUGAUGUCUGGCGUUAUGUGUAAAUGUAUUGUGUGUUGCAUUAUUUUUCAACUCAAAAUAUUCCCAGAAACGAGAAUACAGAACUUUGAGAACGUCUGUGAAGUCUUCAGUACUCAUUCAUUGUUUGACGAUAUUAGAUCGCGAAUUUUGAGUUUCGGAACCACACAAUGGACACAACGAGAAUCUUUGAGAGUGAAACUACUAAAUAUCUUGCAUCAGAAGCAGAUGGGAUAACAUUAAAGACUCGUCUUUGGCUGACUAUAUAUCAUUCCGUAUUAUUCAACUUAUCAUGCGUGUCUGGAUUCUUAUUAACAGUUUGUGGAAUUUUUCGAAUGCGAUGUAGUCCAAAAAGUAUCGAAGGACAGGUUGUUUUAGUGACAGGUGCAGCAAAUGGAAUAGGUCGGGAGAUUUGCCUGAAACUAUGUAGGGAAAAGUGUAAAAUCAUCGUGGCGGACAUAAAUUUCCAUGAAGCGGAAAAAACAGCUGAGGAUAUCCGGAACAUAGGGGGAGAAGCAAGGGCCUAUAAGCUUGACGUAGCGGAUUUUGAAGCUGUUAAACAACUUCGUGAAGAAAUAUUGAAAGAUUUUGGAUAUGUUGAUAUUCUGAUUAACAAUGCUGGACUCCUUGCAAUCCUGACUCUUAGUAAUGCUACUCCAGAGCAAAUUGAUAGAGUUGUAACCGUCAAUGUGACCUCAGUGGUUAAAAUUACAAAACUCUUUCUCGAAGAUAUGGUCAAAAUGAAGAAGGGUCAUAUUGUGGCCAUUUCGGCAGCUUUUGGACUUUCCCCAAUCUCAAAAACGGUCUACGGACUUACCAUGUUUGCUCUCCGAGGAUUCAUGACCUGCCUCAAUCAAGAGAUACUUAUCAAUGGAUGGGAGGAUGGUAUCAAAACCACAUGUGCUUUUCCUUUUUACACCUCAACCAGAAAAGAGCUCACGGACUACACGGAAAGUCUAAAUCUAAAUCUUACAGGAAAAAUGUUCCUGAAUACACCUUCAGAUGUUGCUACUUCAGUUGUAAAUGGGAUAAAAUGGGAAAGGAGAAAUAUUUCCAUUCCAGGUGGAUUUUACUUCCUGAUGAACUUUAUGGGAAUAUUUACUCCAAACAUCAUAAGGAGAUUCUAUAGGAUGGUCUUUGGACAGAGGAAAAACUUUCCCUAAAAAUCUGAAUGAUCUGAAUGAUAGCAUUUGCACAAACAAAAUGUACAAUAAAGGUAGAAAAGAAAGG